UUUCUCACUCAUCCCACAGUUUCCAGCACUCCCCUCCCUUUCUCUCCUGCUUCACAUGCUUCUCUCCCUACCAUUUUUUGCCCCACACUCCUCUCCCUCUCCCCCCUCUGUCCUUUUGGUUUUACUAGCUAACAAAUUGUGUAGUAUUAGGCAGGGAGGGAGGUAAAGCCCCUCUGACAGCGCAGCAUCUUGUUUGUUUUAUCUCCCACAUCAUCCCCCUCAUCAUCUUCUGCACACCUCCACAUCUCUCUCUCUCCUCCGGCAGUACUCAACAUUUCUCAACUUUCAUCUUCUCUCUCCUUCACCCUCCUCCUCCAUAUCUCUUCUUCCUUACCCUUCAUCACAGAUAUCAUAUUCUCCUCAUCUUUCUCUCUCCUCCAUCCUCCCUACUUAUUUAUUGAAGGCUGCUUAUAGAUGGUAUCUUAAUUCUUUUUUCCUAUCUUCUUCCUCCUCUUGAAGGAGUACAUUUUUUUUUGCCUGCGUUUCCUGUAGUAGUACUACUAGUGCUUCCUGCCCCCCUUCUCCUUCUCGGGCUACUUGCUCUUCUCCCUUUCUUGCCGUUUUUCCCCUCUCCGGCCUCCUUCCCUCUCUGAGGUCCGUCUCGCCUCUUUCCAGUUGUCCUUGCCUCCCCCAUCUUUUUCACCUGCCCCUCAUGUACUGAUCGUCUCAUCACCACCAUUCCCCAGUGGUAACACCGGGCGACGACCUGCACGGGAGCACGAGCUGUUAGCAUGCAGCAGCAGCAGCACGGGGGAGGAGGAGGAGGCGGCGGCGGUGGUGGUGGAGGCCCAGCGCAGCAGUUCGGCGCACAGCAGGUGGAGAUGCCGCCGCCAUUCUCGCCGGCCGGCGGGGCCAGUCAGCGGAUCUCGCUGGCGGAGGCGCCGUCGCCCAUCAGCAGCCGGCCGCCGGCGUCGUCGUCGGCGCCGGCGCAGCAGUACGACGAGCUCGGCGCUUCCGGCGCCGGCGCCGUCCUGGGCUUCGACGCCGAGGGCCUGGCCGCCGCAGCAGCCGGCGAGGAGGGCGCCAGCGGCGGCUCCGCGGGCAACCGGUGGCCCCGGCAGGAGACGCUGGAGCUGCUCAAGAUCCGGUCGGACAUGGACGCCGCCUUCCGGGACGCCACCCUCAAGGGCCCCCUCUGGGAGCAGGUCUCCAGGAAGCUGGCUGACAAGGGCUACAGCCGGAGCGCCAAGAAGUGCAAGGAGAAGUUCGAAAACGUGCACAAGUACUACAAGCGCACCAAGGAGAGCCGCGCCGGCCGGAACGACGGCAAGACGUACCGAUUCUUCACGCAGCUGGAGGCCCUGCACGGCACCGGCGGGGCGGCUCCCGCGUCGUCGGUGGCGUCGCAGGUGCCCCCAGCGGGGCCGUCGGCCGUGCGCGUGCCCGCCGAGCCGCCGCCUGCGGUGUUGGCCGGCGGCGUGGGGAUGCCGACGAUGGGCUACCCGAGCUUCUCGACGUCCAACACGGAGGACUACACGGACGAGGACGACUCCGACGACGAGGGCACCCAGGAGCUGGUGGGCGGCGGCGGCGGCGGCGCGGACGAGCGCGGGAAGAGGAAGAGGGUGUCGGAGGGCGGCGCCUCGGCUGCUGGCGGAGGCAGCGGGAAGAUGAUGAGGUUCUUCGAGGGCCUGAUGAAGCAGGUGAUGGAGCGGCAGGAGGCGAUGCAGCAGAGGUUCUUGGAGGCCAUCGAGAAGCGCGAGCAGGACCGCAUGAUCCGCGAGGAGGCGUGGCGGCGGCAGGAGAUGACUCGCCUCGCGCGCGAGCAGGAGAUCCUGGCGCAGGAGCGCGCCAUGGCCGCCUCCCGCGACGCCGCCGUCCUCUCCUUCAUACAGAAGAUCACCGGGCAGACCAUCCCGAUGCCAUCCAUCGCCGCGCCCACCAUCAACGCCAUGCCACCACCGCCGCCGUCGCAUCCGAAGCCGCCGCCGCCUCAGCCGCACCCCACACCCAUUGCCUCCGCCUCGCCAGCCCCGCCGCCGCCGCAACCACCAGCCUCGCAGACUCCGCCCCCGCAGCAGCAACAGCAGCAGAAGCCGCCAAUGCCGGCUUCGACGCCACAGGCGCCAGCGCCGCAACAGCAAAGCAUGGACAUUGUCAUGACGACGGCCGAGACGACGCCGCGUGCCGACACCCCGGUGCACGAGGGGUCCAGUGGCGGCGCGACGUCGUCCCGGUGGCCCAAGGCGGAGGUUCACGCGCUGAUACAGCUGCGGAGCAACCUUGACACGCGGUACCAGGAGGCCGGGCCCAAGGGGCCCCUCUGGGAGGAGAUCUCCGCCGGCAUGCGGCGGCUGGGCUACAACCGGAACGCGAAGCGCUGCAAGGAGAAGUGGGAGAACAUCAACAAGUACUUCAAGAAGGUGAAGGAGAGCAACAAGAAGCGGCCCGAGGACUCCAAGACGUGCCCCUACUUCCACCAGCUCGACGCGCUCUACCGCAACAAGGCGGCGCUCAGCUCCUCCGGCGCCGGAGCCGUGGUGCACGCCGUCAACGCAUCGUCGUCGGCACAGCCGCAGGAGACGGUCACGGUCGUCACGGCCGCGGCGCCCAUCUCACAGACGCCGCCGCCGCUGCCGCCGCCUACGACACAGCCUUCCCAGUCCCACCACGCGGCCAAGAACGGCGGCACCGCCAGCAACGCCGCGUGCACCGGCACCACCGGCAACGGGAACGGCGCCGGCGCGCCAGUGCACGGCUCCAGGGGCAUGCAAACGCAGCCGAGCAACGGCAGCGUUGCAGCCAGCAGGUUCGUCGGCGAGGGCGGCGGCGCGACCCCGGCGCCGGCGAAGAAGCCAGAGGACAUCAUGAAGGAGAUGAUGGAGCAGAGGCAUCCGCAGCCGCAGCAGCAGACGCAGGCGGUGGUCAGCGGCUACAACAGAAUCGACGGCGCGGACAGCGACAACAUGGACGAGGACGACGACGAGGACGACUACGACGACGACGACGACGAAGACGAAGACGUCGACGGCAACAAAAUGCAGUACAAGAUCCAGUUCCAGCACCAGCAACAGCACCACCAGCCGCCGCAGCAUCCGAACACCGUCAGGCCGAACGCCGGCGCCGGCGGUGGCAACCCGCCCGGCACCGCCGCUCCCAGCACGGCUGCGGCCCCGACAACAACAGCCGGAUCUUUCUUGGGCAUGGUCAAGUGAUCGAUCCAUCCGCGCGCAGCCAGCAGAAAUUAUUCCCCCCCGGUGACUCCUCAUCAUCCUCCUCUUCUCCGUCCAUGGCUUUUUUUUUUUUCAUUCUCUCGCCUGUGACAUUUGUAUCUACCUACCUGUCUUCUCCAUGCUAGUCCAUAUCUCUACACCACAAAACCUAAAAUCACAAGAACUAUCCCCCUCCUCCAAGCUCGGGCAAUUCUCCAUCCUCAUGCACGUAGCUAGCAACACCUCGAUCCAUGCCGUGUCGUCGUCGUCGCUGCUGCCCAGUGCCCACCCUCCUAUUUCUUGAUUCGUUGCUGUGUUAAUUACAGUGGUCGCCUCUUAGGUGUUACAGUACAAAAAAAAUAUUGGUGGUGAUGUGGUUAUUUAUUGAUUUGUUGUGGUAAUUAAUAAGAACCCUCAAGAGCUUGGGGUGUUCACGGAGAGAGGUUGAAUUGAUGCGGUGAAAACGGCACGUGAAGGGUAAUAAGAGAUCGAUCGCGCGGUUAAAGGAGAACAACAAGGAGACAAGGUGACAAAAAAGGGCAGGUGACGCAGUGGGUGUUUGCACUGUUACUCCGGUAAUUUUUUUGCAUGCGGCUACUACUCUACAGUGUGGUAGUUUGUUGCAAAGGGAGCAGUGAAAAAAAUGGAAAAGAGAGCUUGCUCGUCAUGUGGCAUGAAGAAUAGCCAGUUUGAUGCAUGCGGGAUUUUUUUCUUUAUCCUUGUUUUUUUCCUUUUCAUUUUUCACCAUUUCUUUUAUGUUCUGGAACAAGUAAACUGUCCAUUAAGUAUUAGCUAAGUUUUUCUUUCUUUCUUUCUCAAACUGUUGUUACCAAAAUUUACAGUGUAUACUUGAGAAAUAUUAUAUCUUAAAAUUCUUGCUAUUAUAUAAUAUCGUAAUUGCUUU